CGGCGGGGGCGGCGUCCAGGCGGCGGCGUCUAGGCGGCGUCGGGCCCGGCCGGUCGGGGGAAGAUGUUGAGCCGGCUGCAGGAGCUGCGGAAGGAGGAGGAGACGCUGCUCAGGGUGAAGGCGGCGCUCUACGACCAGCUCAACCGCCUCAAGGUCGAAGAACUGGCCCUUCAGUCGAUGAUCGACUCCAGGGAGGGGAAUGGAAUGGUGUCUUCUCCACCCUUAACCGAGGACCCUCCAAAUAUCAUGGUGCACGUAGAUAACGAAGUUUCUAUCAAUCAAACCGAACUCCAGCUCAGCCUGAAAGAUCACACUGAGGAGCAGGAGGAGGAGGAAGAGGAGGAGGAAGAAUCCGAUUCUUGAAGGGGAAAGGUGGAGUUUUGACUUAGCCCAGAUUCAAGAACCAUCCCUCACUUGAAUGAAGCUGUCACAGAUAGACUGUGGCCAGCCCCCCCAAGGAAUCAAGAACCGCCCAAGGAGGAGAGCGCGCCGUGUCAUUACGCGUACGCCAAGUUCUGACGAGUCAAAAUAAGUUUGUGUAGGGAAUACAGAGACCCGGAUUUUACCAUUUAAAUGUAGAGUGGGGAAGAUCUUUUCACUUAGCUAUACGAAGUACCUUAAAGCAUUUAUCUAAAAGUAAGGCCCCCUGUAAUUCCAGAAACAUCUCCUGGUGUUUAAGGGGGGCGGGCAGGGUGAAACGGGAGCCAGCUGAUUCAUAAGGCACCUCUGCUGAGAGACUGUGUGAGCCACCCCGAGGAGCAGGGCCCGGAGAGGCAGCUCGUCCUAAACCACGAAGUAGGCCACGCCAUCGGCACAGCGCCGAGGAAAUCCGCCUGUCGCCCUUUGCGACCGAAGCAGGCCGAAAGGUGGAGACAGAGUAAGUUUCUGUGUCGAAUGCUACAGGACCAGCUCCUCCGAAGGAGAAAAAAAUACAGUGAUGUCGGAGACAUGUGAUACACAUUUUACCCCUAGUUAAAAAAAAAGGUUGCUUGAUAAACAGCAGUUCUGCUUUGAAGAGAGAGACGGGUUCGCUUUAGAAUGUCAGGACAUCAAUUAAAGUUGAUUUCUCGCUUUCCCCUUCCCACCCCUCAAUAAAGUAAAGUGAGAGCUACAGAAAAA